AUGCAAGAUCUUCAUCCUUCUUGUUGAUUUUGUGUUUUUCUACACGAUCUUGGUCCAAGAUAUGACCUCUGAAACCAUGCUAAUUAAUAUCCCCACGGUACACCACUGUAGAGUUUUAAAUUCAAUUGUAACAGAUAGUAACAGAUAUUUGGGAAAGGAUGUAGGAAACCGAACCCACCAAAGCACAUAACAGAUUACCAUAUUUAACCAGUCUUUGUAGUAUAUGUGAGGUUCCAAACCAACCAACACCACAAUACUGCAUGUGACAACAGAUUUUAAAGACAAAAUCAUGCUUGUGAUUCCUUUAGCAUUUGUUGAGGGUAGUGAUAGAUCUUCGAGUAAAAAUCUUUGUAACCAAAAACAAAAAACUAUAUAACUGAUUAUUGCAAAUAACCAAUCUUUAUAAUCAGCCACAAGAUAUAUGAGAAGAGCGAACGAGAACAUGCCUUGUGCAACAUUUACAAUGGCUAAAAUCAUACCGCCGAUUCUUCUGGUAUUUGUAAGGCGCAAUGAGCUCUCUUGGGAAUUGAACUUACAAAACUGGGCACACCAAAGCAUAACACUGAUUGCCUUAGCUAACCAAUCUUUAUAGUUAGGCAAGGGAGGUUUGACAACAAAAGAUACAAGGAAAGAUCUUGCGAAAUGUACAACACUUGAUGAAAAAAACAAAAACAAGCUAGUGCUUCUAGCCAUGGUAUUUGUAAAGGUCAAUGAUUGAUCUUCUUCCAAAUCCAACCAAUACUUAUCUAACCAGCUUUUGAAACUAAUCAGCACAAAACAAAUGGAGGCAAUUAUCCAUGACGGAAACAUGAACUUGAACCGGUUGUAAGUAAUCGAU